AUGACGGAAAGGGAAAAACUGAACGCCUUUCUGGAAUAUAAAUCCAGUGUCGGUGGUGCUGCAAUCAAAUAUUUUGGAACCCUAAUAAGAGACUUUGCACUCAAAGUUGAAGAUGACAUCGAAAUACAGCUAAGCAACUUUGUUGUGGCCAAAGCCAAAGAUGACGUAGUGCAUGAAGAAGCAGCUUCCCAGCAACUGUUCAACAACCCGGCCAAAGACACAGUGGAUGAAGAAGAAGCAUCCUCGGAACUGUGUCAAACCUUGAAACAAGUGGAAGAAAAGAGAGUAGAGCUAGAGGAGAGACUGAAGACUUAUGAAUGUUGUGAUGAUUUAACUAAUCUCAUGACAACAUUUAUGUCUUUGCAACCCAACACAAGGGUGUCUGACGACGUAAAAACAACACUAGGAUCUCUCGAACACACGCUCGUUGAUUUGCAAAUGUUUCUACAGAAAUCCAAUUUUGGUGCAGCUGAAAUCACAGACUUUGUACUCAAAGCUAAAGAAGACCUCGAACAACAAUUCAGAAACUUUUGUGUGGUCAAAGAGGAGCACCGCCUGGCAAAAGAAGCUACAGAACAACUCUUUCAAACCUUGCAUCAAGUAACAGAAAACGCAGCAAAGCUGUUGAGCACUAUCCACAACACAAGUAGAAGCAAUGAAGCUGCUGAGGCCAAUGAUACUCAGUCUGUGUGCUAUCCAAAGCUUGAGGAGGGCGGAAAAAUGGUGGGUCGUCAAAAUGAUGUUAGUAUCAUAAAGAAUCAACUAUUCAGUAGCUUUAAAGAUGUAAAAGUAAUCCCAAUUAUUGGGAUGCCAGGCAUAGGGAAGACUACUUUAGCAAGAAAAAUCUUGGAAGAUCAAGAGGUUGCAUUGCAUUUCCAGGUACGAGGAUGGGUUACAGUGACUCAAAAUUACAAUGAGACCAAAGUGCUACGCGACGUUCUCCAGUCAAUUUCACCAAAUCAUGAAAUUAUAAAGGAAGACCCUCUUCGGGAGCAGGUUCGUGAAUGCCUGAAGGAAAAGCGGUAUCUAAUUGUUUUGGAUGACAUAUGGAGCGCUCAACAUUGGGUUGGAUUAAAAGAAUUAUUUUGCAAUUCUGCAGUGAGUGGAAGUUGCAUAUUGCUGAGCACUAGAUUCUAUGGAGUGGUUGACUAUGCCUGCCCAAACAAAGGUACAUAUCGUCAUGUUAUGAGUUUACUAGAUCAAAAUGAAAGUUGGGAUCUAUUCUGUACUGUCUUUCCUCUUCAAAGGUAUAGUGCACCAAGUUUUGGAAAAUUCAGGAGUCACUUGUUCCAUGUUGUGGAAAUAUGUGAAGGAUUGCCACUGUUAAUUGUUGUAGUUGUGAAGCGCUUAUCUGAAUGCAAAAACAACAUAAAACAUGAAUUGAAAAAGAUUGAAAAGGAAAUAGAAUUGUUGGGAAUUCUAGAUUAUAGUGCACUCACUCUCAUGUACAAUCAGUUGCCAGAAUAUUUCAAAGGUUGUUUUCUAUAUCUUGGAGUCUUUCCAAAGCGUAGUGAGAUCCAAGUUAAAAUACUUCUUAGGUUAUGGAUUGCUGAAGGAAUUGUGAAGCCAUGGAAGAAUAUGGAGUUAGAAAGGAUUGCUGAAGGAUUUGUGAAGCCAUCAAAGAAUAAGGAGUUAGAAAUGAUUGCUUAUUGUUACUUAAAGGACCUCAUUGAUAGGAGUCUUGUCUUAAUAAGCAAACAGACUGUUGAUGGCAAAAUUAAGACUUGUAGGGUGCACAGUGUCAUGCAUAACAUCUGUUUCAGAGAAGCUCAAAAAGAGGGAAUUUUAUGUGCAGUAAAUACUCGGCAACUCCCAAGGUGGUCAUUAAAUGCAUUUGCAAAUUCAUGACGUUGGUUAAGUUUAUGCAAACAUAGGUUUGACUAUUAUGUGUUGUUUAGUUCAAACAACCCUCGCUCCAUUUUCUUCUUUCAA